GGGGAAAGUCCCACGGUGAACCAGGGGAGGGAAACAAUGACUAAGCUCAGUGUUGAGACAGCCCAUUCCCUCCCAGCCACAUCCCCGGUGUCCCCCUCCACGAUGGGGACAGUUAGUGGUGGAGGAGGAAGGACAGAGACUACAACACCCAUUUGGGAAGGGAGCUCUCUCUGGGUGUCUGCUGGGAGUGCUGCGAUGAGCCCAUCCAUCCCCACAACAGGGUCUGACACCACUGCCACAUCCAUGGGCGCAGAGAGUGGCACUGCCUCCUCCCUUUCUCUGGGGCCCAGCUUGGCAGUGACCAGCCAUUCCUCCUCCUCUCCCGCAGGGUCUGGAGGCAUAACUCCCACCCUGCAACAACACAGCUCCAGCAGCACCACUGAGGAGCGCUCGGCCACCACAUCCCACCCACCCACGGCACCCACGUUCUCCCCUGUCUCCUCCACUGCUGGUGUUACAGGGGUUCAGUCAGGAUGCUGUGAUGGCUGAGGUGGUGACACACAGCCCAACUCCCAGCACACCCAGCACCAACCCAGUGGCUUCUGCCUCCAGCCCCUCUCCUGCCUCAGACACCACCGAGGCCAGCCUUUCAUCCACCCCGGGUGAUAGCAGGGAGACACCGGCAGCUCGACACACCUCCACACCCCUCACACAGGGGCAGACCACGGUGGAGGCAGAGACCACUCCAUCUUCCAUGGGGAGCCCCUUGCCUUCCACAACCACGGCCUCCAUAGAUAACAGUGCCACAACCCAUCCUGGAGAAGGGGAAAGUCCCACUGUGAACCAGGGGAGCAGAACGACAAAUGAUCCCAGUGCUGAGACCUCUCAUUCCCUCCCUGAUACAUCCUUGGCGACCCCAUCCACGCCGAACCUUAACAUAUCCACAUCUGCUAAUCCUUCUGCUACUGGAACUUGCUCUCCUAUCACUCUGUCCAUCCAGCUGGAGAACGUGACCAGUACAAUGAUACAGUUCAGCUGGAAGCCUCAAGGUGGCACAGGAGACAGUCCUUACACGGUGAUUCUAUGGGGAAAUUCAGGAGAGAUGGAGAAGAAAAUCCUAAAUGGAACAAGUAUUGCAUUUAAAAAUCUGCUUUCUGGUCAUCAAUACCAAAUAUCCGUGGGUGUUUCAUCUUGCUCUAAGAAUGUCAGCACCUCCUUGACUGUUCAGACAGAACAGACAACUCCAGUCCCUCCAGAAACCAAUACAGCUGGAGUUACACAACAGACAACUUCAGUCCCUCCAGAAACCAACACAACUGGAAUUACAGAACAGACAACUUCAGUCCCUCCAGAAACCAAUACAAGUGGAGUUACACAACAGACAACUUCAGUCCCUCCAGAAACCAAUACAACUGGAAUUACAGAACAGACAACUUCAGUCCCUCCAGAAACCAAUACAAGUGGAAUUACAGAACAGACAACUUCAGUCCCUCCAGAAACCAAUACAAGUGGAGUUACAGAACAGACAACUUCAGUCCCUCUGGGAACUAAUACAACUGGAAUUACAGAACAGACAACUCCAGUCCCUCCAGAAACCAAUACAACUGGAGUUACACAACAGACAAGUCCAGUCCCUCCAGAAACCAAUACAACUGGAGUUACACAACAGACAACUUCAAUCCCUCCAGAAACUAAUACAAGUGGAAUUACAGAACAGACAACUUCAGUCCCUCCAGAAACCAAUACAACUGGAGUUACACAACAGACAAGUCCAGUCCCUCCAGAAACUAAUACAACUGGAGUUACACAACAGACAAGUCCAGUCCCUCCAGAAACCAAUACAACUGGAUUUACAGGAUCAACAUCUAAUUCCAUUUUCACUACCACAUUUCCAUCACCACCUUGCAUGCCAGUGUCCAUCGAAAUCCAGAACGUGACUGGGGAAGAAAUACAGCUCAGCUGGACCGGUGGCGGCACAGGCAGCCUCUACAACAUCUCCCUCACGGAUGGAAAGCAGGAGAUAAACAAAACUACUACAAAAGAGACAAAAGCUGCGUUUAAACAUCUACUUCCUGCCCAUGUGUACACCAUAUCUGUGGGAGUGUCAUCCUGUGCUGAGAAUUACUGGGCGUCAGUUACCGUCCGAACAGAUCCUGUUUCCUGUUUCAACCGAACUGAGUUCUGUUUACCAGAAAAUACUCCUUGUUCUGACUUAAAAGGCAUUUUAUGCUCUGAUAACCAAGCAUUUGCCUGCAGAGUUUUGUUAAAAAACCAGACAUUUAACAAUACACUUUAUAACUCUGAUAGUGAAGAAUACAAAGCAUUGGCUGAGAGUAUCAAAACAGACGUUGUCAGAGAAAUGCGCCUCGAACUGAAGGAUGAACGCUUUGACAUCACCGUGCUUGGGUUCAGACCCGGGAGUGUGGUUGCUGAUUUUAUCUCUCUGCUGCCAAAACAAGAGCUCGUAGAUGCGAAUGUUAUACAGACCCACCUGAGCCAAAUAUUAAAGCGCAAGUUUGGGGACGAAACUGAACUGGCUGUACAAACUCUGUCUGUUCAGUCACCAACUGACAACAUUUAUGGCUGGAGAGUGGCAGUGAUUGUCCUCGGAGUUUUACUUGGAGUUGCAUUACUGCUGAUUCUUCUGGCAAUAAUAUUUUGCAUCUGUAUGAGGAAAAGGUGGGGCAAAUACUUCGUUGAACCACGGGACUCAUGGGAAACUUUGUCUAAAAGCACUUAUAGGAUGCACAAUGUUUCAUUUACAUCUUUGCAAUAAGGCAGAAAAUUAAGAUAUUUGUCUUAAAAUUCUAUGUCAAUUGUUUAUGUUAAUUUAAUUCUACCUGCUCCUUCCCAAUGUCCAUCCCCAAAUUCCUGAGCUCCUAACAACCUCCAGUCAAUCAUCCUUUUAAAGGUAUGGAGUGAUGAAUUUUCCCCAUAGGGGUAGAGUGAGGAGCAGAGAAACCUGUGCUCAGCCUGUCCCUUAGAGGUAUUACAAUGACUCCUAACAUGGAUUUUCUAGAGAGAAAGGAUCCAAACUACUCAAUACUUUCUUGUAUUUAGAUGGUUCAGCAAGCAGAGUGACUGAGCUUGGUACCUGUGGCAGGUUACCUGAAUGCUCAGCUGAGCCCAGAGUUGGGCUUUAUGCACUUAGCCAAGGGUGAUUCACCUCCCCUGAGGUUUUUAUCACCAUAUGAAGAUGCCUCUUUCUCUCCAGUGGCUGCAGAACAAGCCCAGGGUAAUUAGUGUCCUACCUCAUGCAGGUUGGUUGGGAGUUUGAAGACAAAUGGGAUGCAUCUGGGUUAUAUGGACUUGCUAUGAAAGUCUCUGAUGGAUCAGCAAAUCAAUCUUGAGGCUUCUGAAUUCAAAGUUUCUUUAACUGUUGGGCUAUGAAGAAGCAGCUGCCUUUCUGUGACAAACAUAAAUCGUGCUAAAUACAGGUGUGGUUUCACAGCAUAGCCAAAACAUGCUACUAGAAAGGAGAAGAGAGAGAAUAGGUUAAUUUGAGCUGAAAGAUUUUAUUCAUCUAUUUUUGCCUGGCAAAUAUGGUUGGUUGGUCAAGGGUUGUGUCAUAAUAGUGCAAUUUUGCCUUACUCUUGAUAAUCUCAAGGUGGAGUCCAGUGGAAGCAACCUGAAGGCUCCCGUGACACUGGAGCUUUAGAGCAAUUAAAAGAGCAAUAAAAAAAUGGCCUUUACCUGUCUUCACCACUCAUAGCUGCAGUCCUGGUGAAGUCACAGUCUGUUUAUCCUAUGGUGUAGUUUUUCCUGCUAGGAAUGUGCUGAACAAACAACAAAGGGCAGUAUACUGCUGUGCAUAUUUUCAGUAGGAUUUAUGUGUUUCAUUUCAAACCAAUUCUCCCUGUGUCUGUGUAUUUUGUCAAUAUGCCUGUGCUGGGCACUCCUGUUGAGGCACUGAAUAUCCCGUGAUGUCGAGGCCCUGGCUGACACCUCCUGAACCCUUCAGGCCCUUCAUUUUUGGGGAUUAUGUUCUGGUUAGUUGGCACAGGUUAGAAUAAGGAGGUGCCUACAACUGUAGCACACGGUGGGACCUCAGCAGACAAAGGAUCUCAGCAGAGUGGUGGUGCCCGAGCAGCUCUGCUCUCCUCUGGGCUCAGCUUUUUUUUAUACCUCCUUUCCUGGGCAACAGUUCAGCUCCCUGGAGAACCCUGAGGAGGACCCUGGUAAGCAGAUGGGUGAAGCC